GAUAUCUAAUACUGUUUUAUGAAAAUAAUAAAAAUUACUGUUUUAACUUGACUAGGUACAGAAAAAAAUUACAAUGAUUAACCCCUAAAAAACUUGAGAAAUUUGGUGAUAGAUAUUUAGAAGUCAGCGCCGAAGUUCUGAAGCUUCCACAACAGUAUUGGCCAUUGAUUAAGCAUCUUAUAAAUUUCAGCUUCCCCUGUCCCAAUUCCCUUCACAAUUACAUUCUCUUUUACACUUUUGUUAAGCAUCCUUUAGGCCAGACCAGAGAUCCUCCUUCCUCUGUUCAUCAGCCAUGUUUUACCUUCAGCUCUCAACCGCGCUCCUCUUCUGUCUUCUACUUCUCAUCUCCUUCCUCUUCCUCAACCUCACUGCUAUUUUCAGAAAAAAAUCACCCUCUGUCCCCGAUAAGCUUCCCAGAUCUUAUCCUUUGAUCGGUUCCUCUCUUGCACUCUCUGCCAACAAAGACAGACGAAUCCAAUGGGUUGCGGAAAUCUUGAUGAACUCCCCCUCUUCAACCUUCGUCCUCCAACGCUCCCUGGGCCUUCGCAUCCUCUACACCGCAAACCCCUCCAAUGUCCAGCACAUCCUCAAGACCCAUUUCCAUAUCUACCAAAAAGGCGACUUCUACCGAAACACUCUCCAAGACUUUCUCGGCGACGGCAUCUUUAACGCCGACGGAGAGACCUGGAAGUUCCAAAGGCAGGUUUCAAGCCACGAAUUCAACACCAAGUCUCUGCGUAAUUUCAUCGAAAACGUGGUGGAUGCCGAGCUCUCCGAGCGCCUCCUCCCCAUCCUCUCCGCUGCGGCCAAGAACAAAACCGUCCUCGAUUUUCAAGAUAUCCUUCAAAGAUUUGCGUUCGAUAAUGUAUGUAAGAUUGCGUUCGGAUACGAUCCCGGGUACUUAUCCCCAUCUCUUCCCCAAGAAAAAUUUGCGCAAGCUUUCGAAGAUGCCACCAACAUCAGCAGCUACAGAUUCUCUUCGAUCUUCCCGCUGAUAUGGAAGCUGAAGAAACUUUUCGAUAUUGGAUCCGAAAAGCGACUCCGAAUCGCAAUAUCCGAAAUACGCGAAUUCGCAAAACAAGUCAUCAGAGAAAAGAAACAAGAGUUAUGCGAGAAGUCUUCUCUGGAAUCCGUGGAUCUUUUGUCGAGGUUUCUGAGUUCAGGACAUUCGGAUGAGAACUUUGUGACAGAGAUAGUCAUCAGCUUCAUACUGGCGGGUCGGGACACAACCUCUGCGGCUCUAACGUGGUUCUUCUGGCUUAUCUUCUGCAACCCAGAGAAGGAAGAAAAGAUUCUCACGGAGAUCAGAGAGAAAUCGGAAGCACCGGUCUACGAGGAAGUGAAGGAUAUGAUGUACACGCACGCGUCGCUCUGCGAGACCAUGAGGCUCUAUCCGCCGGUGCCGCUUGAUUCGAAGGAAGCGAUCGCCGACGACGUAUUGCCGACUGGGGAGGUGGUGAGAAAGGGAACGAGAGUGGCGUAUCUUCCAUACGCGAUGGGGAGGUUGGAGAAGCUGUGGGGCGUGGACUGGGCAGAGUACAGACCGGAGAGGUGGUUGGAGAUGGAACCAGUCGGGGGAAAGUGGAGGUUUGUGGCGAGGGACUCGUACGCGUAUCCAGUGUUUCAGGCGGGGCCCAGGAUAUGUUUGGGGAAGGAGAUGGCGUUUUUGCAGAUGAAGAGGGUGGUGGCGGGGGUUCUGCGGCGGUUUCGGUUGGUGCCGGCGGCGAAGGAAGAUUAUGAGCCGGUUUAUAUUUCGUUUUUGACUUCAAAAAUGAAAGACGGCUUCCCUGUGAGGAUCGAGGAAAGGGUAGAUGCUUGUGGAUGAUGAAGACGAACUUGAUAAAAUUAAGUACAUCAUAUUGUAUAAAGAAUACAAUAUGUAAUACGCACGGUUUUAAGGAUUUACAAUGUAAUGGGAAAAAGGGGGAGAGAGAUAUUACUCUAAUUGUAUUGGGAUUUAAAAUGAAUAUAUUAUUUGUGUUAACAUUUGUAUGUUUAUUCUCUUGGAUUUGAAUAAUACAAGUAAUCCUUUUUAUUA